AUGUUCAGCACUUCCAGAGUAUCAAAAGCAGACCAUGAAGCGACAUGUUUUCGCGAGAAGUUUGGCCCUAUCAACCUCCGUCAUAUGCACCAACCACAGCAUGACCAUGUAAGCUUUGACAAAAGAUGUUACAUGCAACGGAAGAUGUUCAUUGAGAUUUAUUUAUUUAUUAUUGCUAAGGAUAACGAUCAGAUGGAGGUGGAAUUUGCAGACGUGGAAUCUUAUGGUGUUCAUGACAACUUUGGCGCUGACGAUCACGCUAUAAAUGUAUCGAAUGAUACCCAAAUGAUAGAAAGUCAUGCUGAUGCGCAAGAACAGACUCAACAAGUAACAAUCGAUCCCGUGAAUCCACAACUUGAGGAUGACGAUGGAGAUAGCAGCACCAAUGACAGCUGCCAUAGUCUCGAUCAGUUGGCUGUGCUACCCAGUGAAUACCUCAAUUCAAACUUCCACAUAUAUGAGCCAGGUGAGCCUUCAGAGAUCGAGCAACAGGAGCUGACACAUUCCAGCCAAUAUCCAGGAACUUACGAUUAUACCAGAUCCAUCGGCAAUCAACCACACAUAGAAGCUAGUGUGGACAUCUAUCACUUUUUUUUAUCGAAUUUGGUGCUCCACGUGAAUUGUACAAGCGAGUAA